AUGUAUGGAUCAAUUUACCUGACAAGUGUAUUGCAGUCAAAGGCACGCGGAGCCCCUGAGGCCGAAGAAGCAAGAUCGACUCAAAAUUAUGCCUCGGCUCUGCGCAGGCUUCACAAACGUCGACACGCCAUCCGAACCGGCGCCCCCUUCACAGCUGCCGUCGUCGCGGUGGCAGAAUCAUGGAUCUACGUGAACGGAAUGCUGUGCCACAUGUCGGAGAGGACACUGCGCGUGCUGGACUUGCAUAGGUCUAGCGGCAAGGAAGUCAUCAUCGACGUGCGAGCCCUUUUGGACGAGGCGGUGGCAGCCUCGCGAGGUGCCCGGAAAUACAAGUUCAAGAUUUUGCACUACGCUGAGGGCAUUGUCUCUUGCCUCUACACCCACUGCAGGCCGGGCGUGGAGAGCUGGCUGGUCGUGUUCAAUGUCCGAGAGCGGAGGCUGUUGACCACCCUCGGUCUGGACGCCACAUACAAGAUAUUCGUCCGUAAUGACUGUGAUUACCUCUACUUCGGAACCCACUCGGAGUUCGGCGAUGAUGGGUUCCGGCGGUGGGUUCUCAUGGGCUACGACAUCGAGGGCGAUCGGUGGUUCGAGCAAAAAAUCCAUCUUGUGGACUUGGUCGGCUCUGACAUUGGGCAGUGUAUCACGUUCGAAAUCAUAGAUGGCAAGUUCUAUGGCCUCUCCAACCAGACAAGCUUCGAGGUCGACGAGGUUGACUGGACUUCACAUUACCACUGCUUCAGGUUCCCCGU